UCAAAAUUCUUUUCAGAAUCAAAACCCUAAAAAUCAAUAUUUAUCGUCUAAUGGAAGACGAGAUAUCAACACAAAAAUUGUGAUUUUCAAUUUGAAUUAAUCUAAUCAGUAUUUAAAAAUUAGGGCUUUUUGUCUCAUAGAGAUGGAUUCUUCGGCAAUCGCAAGAUAUAUCCCUCAAAUUUCAAAGAAAAGAGUGUUCCCGGGGAGUAGUAGUAGCGGUGGUGGUAAUAUGGAACCCGAUGUGAUUGAGAUUGCUCCUCCCUCUGCGAAUUCGAUAUCGAAACGGAAAGCGAAAGGGAAGCAGGUUGCUUAUCUUGAAAUAAUUGAUGUUGACAUGGAUGAAGAUCGCAAUGAUGUAGUUUUCAUUGAAAGGAUGACUGGGUCUAACAAAAAGACCCUGACCAACUCUGCAAAAAAGGUCAAGUUAAGUAAGAAUGGGAAGGGAGUUCCAGUGGAGCAUGGACAUUCUUCUAAGAGUUUUACCCCAGGAUCAAAUAACUUUUUUGAUUUAGAUGAUUACAUUUUUGAUGAUGAUUAUUCGGCGCUGCAAGCCCAUUUUGAUGACAUUAAUUUCCCUACUGGGAUUGAAGCUUCUGUUCCCUCCUUGCCAGAUCUACUUCAAAUGAAAAAGAAGAUACCGGUAAAUGCCUUGGAAACUUUUCAUGCACAGUUGGCAGCAAGUCAAAGUCAACAUACUGCCGUGAACCCAUCGUCCACAUCUACCUGGUUUCCUUCAAGUGAACAGAAUCCAGGCGGUCUUGGAAGGUCCACUUAUUUGAAUUCAAUGACACCAAACAAUUUUAAUGUAGUUCAAGCCCAAAACAACCCCUAUAGUUAUACAGGUGUUGGUAGCAGAUAUUAUCCUCGAGUUGGUAACGGUGCUUCAAGUUUCUCCACAGUUUAUCCUCUAGGUCUAGAUACAGAAAUUUCUAAAUGGCAUAAUUCAGUGAUGAAGAACCAUCUGGGACUGAAUGAUGCCUUUUCAGAUGCUAUGUUUCCUGAAUCUGGGGGUAUAUCUAUUGACAAUAUGCUAGCUGGCCAAAAUACUGGAAAUGUCCCAACCCCAAUCUCAACCUCAAAACCAAAUGCAACAAGUUCAAGCUUAGUGGGAAGUUCGUCUAGCAUGGCAACACUUGAUAAAGAUGAUGCUCUGAAAAGAUAUGAAAGUUUCAAGAAGUUUGAUACUGUCGUGGACUAUUCAGAUCAUGCUUAUGCAAUACAGAAGCCAGGAGUGAAGCAGCCACCAAAAAAUUGGGCUAAAAAGAUACAGGAAGAGUGGAGGAUUCUUGAGAAAGACUUGCCUGACACAAUAUUUGUGAGGGUUUAUGAAUCGAGAAUGGAUAUUUUAAGAGCUGUAAUUGUUGGGGCAGAGGGGACUCCAUAUCAUGAUGGUCUUUUCUUUUUUGAUGUGUGUUUUCCAAGCAGCUAUCCAAAUAUCCCUCCACUUGUGUAUUAUCGCUCUGGUGGUCUGCGUAUAAAUCCAAAUCUGUAUGGCUGUGGAAAAGUUUGCUUGAGCCUUUUAAACACGUGGACUGGUGGUCCGAAGGAGAAGUGGCUCCCUGGCACUUCGACUAUGCUCCAGGUUCUGGUCUCUAUACAGGGUUUGAUUUUGAACACAAAACCGUACUUCAAUGAGCCUGGGUUUGCGCAUUCGAAUGGCUCUGUACGAGGGGAAAACGCUUCUGUCAAAUACAAUGAGGAAACCCUUAUCAAAUCGCUCAAGACCAUGGUGUAUACAAUGAGGCAACCACCGAAGAACUUUGAGGAUUUGGUGGUUGGGCAUUUCCGGGCUCGUGCACGUGAUAUUUUGAUGGCGUGUAAAGCUUAUACGGAAGGGGUGCAAGUUGGGUGUCUUGUGAGAGGAGGUGUACAAGACGUUGAUGAGGGUGACAAUAGUUGUUCAACAGAUUUUAAGAACAGUGUGGUGUUAUACAUAAAGAACCUUAUAGCUGCAUUUAAGGAUAUCGGAGCCAAUGAAGCAGAGGAAUUCCUGUCUAUAAGCAAAAAGCAAAGUUCUUUACCUGCAUCUGCACCGAACCCCACUCUUUCUCUUGGUCAUACUCCAUUCCAGUUUAUGAGUCCUGUAUCUGCUUUCAAUCAGCAUUGUUAUAAAUCAAUCGCUUACACAAUAAGGUUUUCCUUUUGUCAAAGAAAAAAUUAUUUUUUUAAUAAAAAGAACCCACGUAAAAUUAGGGUUUUGAUAUAUAUGGAUUCAUCUACAUUUUCAACAUACACCCACAAUUCAAAGAAAAGAUUGUUUUUGGAGAGUAAUAGUUCAUCAAGUUGGGAGCUUGAUGUGAUCAAGAGUGAACCCGAAUCCAGUGAUCAGAUAUCGAUAUCGAAGGAGGCUGACUUUGAGGAAAUGAUUAAUGUUGACAUGGACGAGGACCUCGUUGAAGAUAAGAUUGCGUCUACCAAAAAGAUGAAGGGUUCGACGGACAUGUCAUUGAGUCCUAGGAGUGCACUACAUUCUAAUUUAGAGGCCACAGUUGACUCUGCAAAGGAGAUUGAGACAAUUGACAAGGGGAAGGGGAUACUUGUGGAGCCAGAUCUUUCUGAGGAGAGUCUAACCCCAGAAUCAAAUGAGCUUUUUGAUUUGGAUGGUUAUGUUUCUGAUGAUGACUUUUGGGCUUUGCAAGCACAUUUUGAUAACAUAGAUCUCCCCGCUGGAGUUGAAGCUCCUUUUCCGUUGUUACCAGAUAUAGUCCAAAUGAAAAAGAAGACCCCUGUACAUCAACAGAACGGAAUUGACCAAUUGUCUACAUCUACCCGGUCUCCUAAUUAUACAGGAGGUCCUACUAGUGGAUGGCAAUAUGAUCCAAAGAUCACUGUCAAGUCUGAAAAGAAGGUAAAUAAUAAUGGGAGUAAAUGUCAACAGAACGGGGUUGACCAAUUGUCUACAUCUACCUGGUCUCCUAAUUAUACAGGAGAUCCUAGUAGUGGAUCACGAUAUGAUCCAAAUAUUACUGUCAAGUCUGAAAAAAAGGAGGUUCCAAUGAAGCCCGGUACCUUAGGAUCAAAUAACUCUUUUGAUAUAGCUGAUUAUGUUGAUGAGGACCUGUGGGCUCUGCAAGCCCAUUUUGAUAACAUAGAUCUUCCUACUGGUAUUGAAGCUCCCAUUCCAUGGUUACCAGACUUUGUCCAAAUGAAGAAGACGACCCCUGUUGAGCCCUUGGUUACUAAACAUGCCCUGUUUGCAGCAAGUAAAAGUCAACCGAAUGGGGAUGAAUCAACGUUCAACUUUUCAAAUAAAAAGAAACUAACUGUUCGAAGGAGGUCUACCUUUUUUGAUGUAAAAUCACAAAGCAAUCUUACACAUGUUCCAGCACACAACCUAGCCUCUAACUAUACAGGGUUCGGUACCAAUUUAUAUAACAAUCCUUAUGCUCAAGCUCAUAAGGGAACUUCACAAACACCAUUUGCAGCAAGUCAAAGUCAACUACACGGGGUUAAUCCAUUGCCGUCAUCUAUCUGGCAUCAAUCAAGUGAAAAAAACUCAGCUGUUUGGAAGAAGUCCAGCUUUUUUGAUGUAAAGCCACCAAGCGAUGUUCAAAGUUAUAUUGCAGAUAAUAUACCCUCUCAUUAUACAGGAUCGGGCAGCGGUUUUUAUUAUAAUCCGAAUACUCAAGCUGGUAAUGGCAGAUUAAGUUUCUCCUCAAGUUAUCAUCCUCCAGCAUCAGAUCCAAAAGUUUCUGAAUGGCAAAAUUCAAUAAUGAAGAACCAUAUGGAGCUGAAUGAGGGCUCCCUAAGUGCUAUGUUUCCUGAACAUGGGGGCAUGUAUCCUGAGUACGAUACAAUACCAGACUUUGAUACUGGAGAUGGCCUGAAUCUAAACCCGAACGCAAACCCGAACCUUGAAAGUUCAAUUUCAAGUUUAAUUGGAAGCUCAUCUAGCAUGGCAAGGCUUGAUAAUGAUGAGGUUAAGAAAAUGUAUGAAAGUUUCAAGAAUUUUGAUAUUGUUGUGGACUUUCCGGAUCAUACUUUUGCAUCUAUGAAUCAAGCAAUGAUGCAGCCAACAAAAAAUUGGACUAAAAAGAUACAGGAAGAGUGGAGGAUUCUUAAGAAAGACUUGCCUGAUACAAUAUUUGUGAGGGCUUAUGAAUCCAGAAUGGAUCUAUUAAGAGCUGUAAUUAUCGGAGCAGAGGGCACUCCAUAUCAUGAUGGUCUUUUUGUUUUUGAUGUGUGUUUUCCAAGAAACUAUCCAAACACCCCGCCUCUUGUGAAUUAUCGCUCUAGUGGCCUGCGUAUAAAUCCAAAUCUGUAUGGCUGUGGAAAAGUUUGCUUGAGCCUUUUAAACACGUGGGCUGGUGGUCCGCAGGAGAAGUGGCGCCCUGGUUAUUCGACUAUGCUCCAGGUUCUGGUCUCUAUACAAGGUUUAAUUUUGAAUUCAGAGCCCUACUUCAAUGAACCUGGACAUGAAUAUUUGAGAGGCUCUCCGCGUGGAGAAAAUCGUUCAAUGGAAUACAAUGAGAAUACUCUUAUUUUGUCACUAAAAACAAUGGUGUAUACCAUGAACAGACCACCCAAGGACUUUGAGUAUUUGGUGGUUGGGCAUUUUCGCAACCAUGUACGUGAUAUUUUGUCAGCGUGUAAGGCUUACACGGAAGAUGUACGAGUUGGCUGUUUUGUGAAAGGAGGCGUGACAAGUGUUGUUGAUAAGGUUGACGACCGCUCAAAUUCAGCCAAUUUCAAGAAUGAUGUAGUUUCUUACAUAAAGACCCUUAUAAGUGCAUUUAAGAAUAUUGGAGCCCAGGAAGCCGACGAAUUUCUGUCUAUAAGUGAUACGAAGGUUCCUUUACCUGCAUCUGCACCAGUCCGUGCUCGUCGUUACGGUUAUUAUCCAUUCCAGUUUACCCCUGCAUAAUCAGUGGUAAAAAAAAGAUGCCAGUGUUAAACACAUUGCUGCAAUACUCUUAUAUUUGGACCCCAAAUGACGACUUUGCAUCUAUUUAGAGAUUAUGGGUAUGUUUGGCAAAACUAGCUGAUGGCUGGUAGCUGAAAGCUGAUAGCUGUAACUGAAAGCUGGAAGCUGUAGCUGGUAAAUAUUUUUAAGUGUUUGGCAGAGUAGCUGUAACUUUUACUAAAAUGUGUAAAAUGACAAAAUUGGACAUAGAUUAAUAUACUAAACACAUAUAUAAUUUCCUUCUUGGUUAAA